GUCAUUGUUUAGCGAGUAGUUGAGUCAGAAGGAGCAGCGUCCACACAGCAAUGGCACAGCCCGGGCACCCAGGGCCAGUGUGACGGCUACACCCAGGGGCCCACUGCCGGAGAGCCCGACCGCUGAUGCGGCUUGAUUUUUGAGGAAGAGAAAGUCCUUAAAAUGAAUUGUACAAGUGACUGUGUCCGCUCCAGUUUUCUUUAUUGCGUGUAACGCCUUGAAAAGAAGUAAAUUUCUAGUGCAAGCUGAACAGAGGUUGAAAUAACAUGUAUUUAACAUUCUCCAGAAAGUCAGUAUCUCAGAAACUGAGUAUUUUACUACUUGCCUUUGGAUUCAUUUGGGGACUCAUGUUGCUACGAUACACCAUUCAGUAUCCCAGACACCAGAGCAGCACUGAGCUCCGAGAACAGAUCUUAGACCUCAGCAGAAGAUACGUGAAAGCCUUGGCUGAAGAAAAUAAAGACCUUGUAAAUGGAGGGAGCGCAGGCUCCAUGGCAGGAUAUGCUGAUCUGAAGAGGACGAUAGCGGUUCUGUUAGACGACAUCCUGUUGCGCCUAGGAAAACUAGAGAACAAAAUUGACUAUAUUGUAGUGAAUGGAUCAUCCAGUAACAGCACUAACAGCACCACCGGGAAUCUGGUUCCACUAACUACAAGUAAACGUGUCAAUACCUCUGGAAAGCGAUGAUGAGAAAGAAAUCGCCGCCCUAAGCUUAGAGAGACUCUAUAGCCCCCCACCCUCCAGCUCGAGGAAUAGAUGUCUGGAGCGUUAACAUGAGGAUUUACUGCUGUAAUGUCAAGUGUUACACACUUGUCAAGAAUUGUAGGCCAUAUUUUUUUUUCGUAAAUGAAAGGACAUGUUUUUCUACGUGUGUGAAUUUUAUUAGUUGGUUCUAGAUUAUAAUAUUUAGUAAUAAAAAAAGAAAUAUUUUGAAUCUGUUGUACAAACCUAUACUUGUAUAUUAUAUUUUGCUACACAGAAAUGUUAUGUUUUAAGCUAAGGUUUUUGAAUGUGUGACCCAAAGAAUGUAUUUAUUUGCACUGUUAAAGCAUAGCAUAACCAUAGAUGACUCGUAUUGUCUUAUUCAUGUAAGCUCACCAAUGACAAAUAAAAAGAUUAGGAACUGUGCAUUAUUUUAAAAUAUUUCUGGAAAGUUCCAAUUUUGGUAAUAAGUUUGCUUUUAUUAAUUAAUACAAACGGAUAUGUUUGCUACAAUCUUUUAGAAGAAAUAGCUAUACCUGUUACAAACUUGAUAUUAGUUGUAGGACAGCUGUAGUUGAGACAUUUCGGUCAUGGUUUAACAGACCUUUGUCAAAGUUGCUGCUGCUUUUUAGAAAGAGAGCAAGGCUACAUGCAUACAAACGUUGUUUGUUUCCUUGUCCGUUCUGUUUUUUUUUUUUUUUUUUUUUUUUUU